AUGGCUAAUAUCGUCGAACAACUUCAAGUAGCAGUCAACAAAGGUCUUUCGCCUAAAGAUCUUAUUGACAGAUUCAAAUCAAUUCUCGAUGAAAUAAUCAAAGAUCCUAAACAACCACAAACAAUAGAUAAUUUUAAAAAAAUUCUUGAUGCUGUCGUCGACGAUAAAAUUAUUCUUGUUGCAUCACGUCAAUUAUUAACAGAUUUAUGUACAUCAUAUUUAAAUCGUUUGACAUCUGAACAAGCAAAAGAAGUAGCAUUGUAUGCACUUGAACGUAUCGCUGCACGAGCUAUAUCAUUUGAAGAUCAAGGUGGACUUUAUAGAAAUUUUCUAGCUGAUAUUUAUGAACAUGAAGAAAAUUGGCGUGAAGCAGCCAAAGUUCUUUGUGGAGCAUCACUGGAAUCGGCUCAAAAACCUUUAUCGCCUGAUUAUAAAUUAAAAACUUACUUACGUAUUGCAAGACUUUAUCUUGAAGACGAUGAUCCAGUUCAAGCUGAAGUUUUUAUCAAUCGUGCAUCUCUCUUACAAAAUGACACACGUGAUGAACAAUUGCAAAUUCUCUAUAGAGCAUGUUAUGCUCGUAUUCUGGAUUAUAAACGAAAAUUUGUUGAAGCAGCACAACGUUACAAUGAAUUAUCACUUAAGUCGAUUGUUAGUAGUGAAGAACGCAUGAGAGCUUUAAAUAAUGCAUUAAUCUGUGCCAUAUUGGCACCUGCUGGUCCACAUCGAUCGAGAAUGUUAGGUACAUUGUUUAAAGACGAAAGAUCUCAACAAUCACAGGCAUAUUCCAUGUUAAAUAAAAUGUAUUUAGAAAGAAUUAUAAGCCCACAUGAUGCAAAGCAAUUUGAAAGUCUUCUAGCUGCACAUCAGAAAGCGACAACAGCUGAUGGUUAUACGAUCCUUCAACGAGCAGUUAUCGAACAUAAUCUUGUUGCUGUAAGCAAGAUAUACACAAAUAUAACAUUUGCUCAAUUAGGCGGUCUGCUAGGCAUUCUAAGCGAAAAAUCAGAAAAAAUUGCGUCGCAAAUGAUUUCAGAAGGUCGUCUGAGUGGUUUUGUUGAUCAAAUUGAAUCGGUUCUUCAUUUUCAAGCUAGUGAACAACUUGCUCAAUGGGAUCGUCGUAUUGAAUCAUUUUGUGUACAAGUUAAUCAAGUGCUUGAUAAAAUUCAAGCUGUUCAUCCAGAUUGGUGCCAAAAAACGAUGGCAUUAGUCGAAGAAAACAUCAGUGCAUCAACAAACGACGAUGAUGAUAUUGGUGUAGCUGAGAUAAAUACAACAACUGCUAAACCAAUGGACGUUUCUUAA